UUUCCCGUCGUGCACCUCGCAGGGCGGACAGCGCUUCCUUGUCAAGAUGGCGGCUCCCUUGACUCUGCUGUUGAUUGUGGCCGUUACGAUCCGUGCCGCUUUGUUCCGGUCCAGUUUGGCGGAGCUGAUUGCAGAGAGGGUGGAGGUGGUGUCGCCGAUAACCGCCUGGAAGAGAGUUGUUGAAGGUUUGGCUCUGCUUGAUUUGGGGGUUUCACCAUAUUCUGGAGAUGUUUUCCACGAGACUCCUCUCAUCAUCUACAUGUUUCACUUUUUGGUGGACUAUGCAGAGAUCACAUUUAUGCUGGCCGACGUGAUCACCGCUGUGGCUCUUUACAUGGCAGUGAAGGAGUACAACAAACAAGUGUUCAGAAAGCAGAAGUUUGCUUUGGAGGCCGACCGAUACCCCAUGGACUCUCUGGAGCUCAUCAGAAGCCCCAAAGAAAUGUACUACGUCCCUCUGAAAGUAGCCAUGUUUUACCUGCUGAACCCGUUCACCAUCUUAUCCUGUGUCGCCAAGUCGACUUGUGGCCUGAACAACGCCGUGCUCGCCCUCUUCUUCCUCUCCACAAUAAAAGGAAAUGUCUUACUGAGUGCCAUAUUCCUCUGCUUGGCCACUUAUCAGUCCAUCUAUCCCAUCACCCUGUGCGCUCCUGCCAUGCUGUAUUUUAUGCAGCGUCAGUACAUCCCAGUGAAUUUCCGUCGGGUCAGCUUCUGGUGGUUCAUCGUGCAGUAUCUCUUCAUGUACCUCGGCAGCUUGUUUGUCCUCAUCUGUCUCUCCUUUUUCCUGCUCGGCUCCUGGGACUACCUGCCCUCCGUCUACGGCUUCAUUCUCUCGGUUCCUGACCUCACUCCGAACAUCGGCCUCUUCUGGUAUUUCUUUGCCGAGAUGUUUGAACAUUUCCGCCUCUUCUUCCUCUGCGUCUUCCAGAUUAAUGUUUUCUUCUACACCAUCCCUCUGUCCAUCAAACUAAAGGAGCAUCCCGUCUUCCUGAUCUUCAUGCAGUUAGCUGUGAUCUCCAUCUUUAAGUCGUACCCCACUGUGGGAGACGUUGCACUCUAUCUGGCCUUCCUUCCUGUCUGGAGUCACCUGCACAGAUUCCUGAGGAACAUCUUCCUGGUGUCCUGUGUCUUGCUGGCCUGUUCGGCUCUGUUCCCGGUUCUCUGGCACCUCUGGAUCUACGCCGGCAGCGCCAACUCCAACUUCUACUACGCCAUAACUCUGCUCUUCAACGUGGCGCAGAUCCUGCUGGUGUCAGAUUAUUUCUACGCCUUCUUGAGAAGAGAGCACCACCUCACCAACGGGCUGUACCUGAAGAGGAAGGACGGCUCUGAGGCGACGCUGAUUCUCAAAUAAAACGCACCCGUGUUUGCACUCAAGGGAGGAAUAAACUCGUCUUCUUUUUAUCCUCAGAGGGAACAAACAAAAACUGAAGGAGGGUAAAAGACUUUCAGACCUCCUGUGGUCCUCAAACAGAUCAAAACGG